AUGUAUGUCAGUCCACUGCUAGACAAUUAUGUGUCUGUAAGGAAACGCGCGUGGAUUUUACCCCGCCAAGACGACACGCUCAGCUGCCUACUAGAAGCGCGAGGCUCAACGGACCGGGCACUUUUGCGCUCCACCAGCGGAUCUGGUAACUCACGGUGGCCAAAAGGUCGGUUCAGAGCAAUGUCUGCCAUACCAUCAGUCACCGGUCCACCGUGUCACAGGAAGAACUGGCAGGUGUUUGUAUGGGUUGUGAUGUCUCUGCUGCCCCUAGUGGCAGGAGGCAGAUCAGGUUUCAGAGCAGAAUCGGAAGUUGCGGUGGGAUUUGUUGGUGCUGGAGUGGACGAGCCACCUUUGGAGACUCUUCCAGACACCGAGGAAGACAUAGAAGGCGGCAGUGAUUCUCCAUGGCAUGGUCUAUUUGAGCCAUCUGUGUUUGUUGAGGACGACCAGCAACCAGUUCGAUGGGAACGCUCCCCGCGGUCACCAGAUACCACUGACACACAGACCAAAGGUGCACGCAAGAGAAAGAAGAAAAAAGAGAAAGAAGAAAAGAAAAAGAAAGACAAGAAUAACGGGAAAAAACACAGCAACCGAGAUUGCCGCGUGGAAAAACGGGAGAUGCGGGUACGGGACCUGGGCAUGGGUUUCGACUCGGACGAGAUUGUCCUAUUUAAGUUCUGUGUUGGCUCGUGCCAAAGGUCUCGUGGGAACUACGAUCUGGCUCUGCGUGCUCUGUUGGCCAAUGGGAGUUUGCCCAAGCGCACAGCCAGGAAGGUCAGCGCACACCCUUGCUGCCGACCGACCGCCUAUGAACCGGUUUCCUUCAUGGAUGCUACCACAACCUGGAGGACCAUCAAGUCUCUCUCUGCUGCGGACUGUGAAUGUGUAGGGUGACCCAAACUGGAGAUCAUGACCUGAAGAUGGCUCAAUAGCCAAAGAGAGAUGGAGGAAUCGGGAAGCCUCCCGUGCCACAGGAUAGAGGUCAGGCAAGGUUGGCCCUGUUGGAAAAGCUGAGAGGGAAUUUGGUUCGCUUUUAAGGGCUGUGAGUGAUAUACAACAUCCAUUUAUACACACUUUAAGAACACCAAACCUCUAUAAAACGGAUUCAAAAUGGAAGUCGGAAAAGACUUGCGUGAGAUUCUUUGAAAACAACGCGGAGAGACAUGGCCCAAAGUGGAAGAAUACCAACAUUGGUUUGUUGCUCUCUAAACAAAACUACAUGUUAUAACUUAACUGGCGUUUGCUUACCAGGAGUUUCAUCAUACUUGGAUAUCGCACGAAGUCCUGAAUCGUUUGUCAGGCACAUUUGUUGAUCCUGGAUGUCAGUGCCCAUUUUCCUGGCCUUCACUCUGACAUGUAAUAUUUCAGCCAAAUUAGCAAAGUUUGGAUCACUCAUUAUUAAUGGCAUGUUAUUGUUGUAAUUUCUAUGUAAUUGCACAAUCACAUGUGGAGUAUUAUUAAUAGUUUAGCCCAGAGAAAAUACAAAAGCCACUUAGUAUUACCCAUUUAGCUGAAAGCAUUGAAGGUUGAUUGUAUUUACAGUAGGUUUUUCUUUUCUCAGGAUUUUUUACAAACUGAUAUAUGCUGGGUUUGUCAUGCUAACCACAAAUAGUAGGAGGUAUAAAAAAGAUACGAUGUUCCACAAGACCAGUUUUGUCAGAUUAAAAUAGUAUCAAAUCAAAUAAAAAAAUUGUAUAGUAACUUGAAAAU